UUCGCAUACACACCAAAAUCAAGACAAACAUCUCUCUGUUUCUCUCCGCUUCUCUGCUACGCUGGAAUGGAGAGCCUGUGGCGAUCGGCAACCGGCCAAGAUCCAAGUCCAGAGGAUUACAAGGGCGUCGAAUUCUGGAACAGUCCCGAACGCGCCGGCUGGCUCAACAAGCAGGGUGAAUACUUCAAAACCUGGCGUCGCCGUUGGUUCGUUCUGAAACAAGGUAAACUCUUGUGGUUUAAGGACUCUGUUGUUACUCGCGCUUCCAUUCCACGCGGUGUCAUCCCUGUCAAUACCUGCCUCACUGUCAAGGGCGCUGAGGAUGUCCUCCAUAAGCCUUGCGCCUUCGAGCUCUCUACCACUGGUCAAGACACCAUGUAUUUUAUCGCCAAGUCGGAGCGCGAAAAGGAGGAGUGGAUUAAUUCGAUCGGCCGCUCGAUAGUUCAGAAUUCGCGAUCGGUUACCGAAUCUGAAGUCGUUGAUUACGAUAACAGGCGAUGAUUUCGACGUUUACGACUUUUCUUCGUCUUUCACGCUCUUUAUGUACAGAAAUGAUGCGAGAUUUGGUCUCGGAUGAUCGCGAGAUGACUACCUUUCGUCGGUUUGUUACGGCACGCUCGCAUGGAGUUCCAGGAUCGAUCGAGAAAUCAUUUGGUAUCCUCAGCGAAACUGUACGCUAGGGCACACUGCAGUUUACGAAUUACUUUACAACACAAAAAAUCUGCUACGGCUCCCCCGGAAUUAUCAUUUCCUAGCAGCACGUCGAGAAUUCCGCCUGGAAGUCGGUGAAACGAUGAAUUGCGUUGCCACUCGAAUCGAUUAUUACAGUAAACAUAACAUGUGGAGGAUGCAAUCAAGAAACCAGAUUUAGCCUUGAAUUUUGCACAGUUGAUCGUGAAAACUGGACAAAUUGAAUCAACUUCAGGCUAAAACCAAGGUAUCGAAACCCUAACCUAUAGUUUACUGUUUUUUUUCUUCAAAAUGAAGCAAUAUCAAUUUUGUUUAGGUCCCAUUUGGGAAUGAGAGAUUCAUUGAAAUGAAAUUGACAUUUUUC